UAUCUUGGACUUUUUGCUUGGUUAUGUGUCUUCUUUGUGAAGGCUGAAGACCCAUACAGAUUUUUUACAUUUGAAGUUACAUACGGACAAAUUUCUCCUCUUGGUGUUUCACAAAGGGGCAUAUUUAUCAAUGGGAAGUUCCCAGGCCCAACCAUUUACUGUAUCACCAACGACAAUGUAAUUGUCAAUGUCAUUAACAAGCUGGAUGAGCCCUUUAUUAUCACCUGGAAUUUUAUCAAACAAAGAAAGACCUCAUGGCAAGAUGGAGUUUUGGGGACAAACUGCCCAAUCCCACCAAACUCAAACUGGACAUACCAAAUGCAAAUGAAAGAUCAAAUUGGAACCUAUUCCUACUUCCCUUCAACCAAGAUGCAUAGAGCUGUUGGUGGUUUUGGAGCAAUUAAUAUUCGAGCAAGAGUUGUGAUUUUUGUCCCAUAUCUCAAACCAGUUGAGGAAUUCACUUUACUCAUCAGUGACUGGUGGAAAUCAGAUAAAAAGUUAUUUUCUAAUCAUUAG